AUGGAAAUCGUCUUUCAAAUGUUUAUUUGCUCUUACGUGAAUUCGUGCAAUUCAUGUUCUCAUAUUGAUAUUGGGACAGCAGUUAAUGUGACAACUGUAGACUGGUCUGGUUGUACAGAUAUACGACAGUACAACAUGACCGUGACAAACUCAGACUCUGUUGUGUUGUACACAAAUUCAACGUCCUGCUGCUCGGGGAAUCUUACAAUCCACUGCAAUAUCGGGAAUGGUAUGACUUCACAGACUUUAAAUAUGACGAAAAAAAGUCCCUCAAACACUGUGACGGCCACUGGAGUCUAUAGCAGAGUCCAGAACACCACACAAACUGACCAGUUGGAGAAAAAUACGAGUAAAGCUUUCUCUAACACUCUGAUUGCUGCUAUCAUAAUAUUGUCAUGUGUCAGUGCCAUCAUCUUUUUUGUCCUUGUCUUUUCAAGUCGGAGACGUACCCCACGUUUUGACUUCACCGCGUGUCACUUACGCUGAUUUGAAAUUAACAGUCAUGUUAACUCAAAAUGUUAUCAAAACUUCCUAAUUUUAAAAGAGCGUUUCAUGUAUUGUUCUCGCCUCUUGAUCCGACGUAUUUUGAUAUUCACUUUUCAGAAGAUUACCUGGACUUAAAAGGCGUAUAGAAUCAUAAAAUGAAUAUCACAGCUUAUGUGUAACAUAUGCAGACGUUGCAUAGCUUAGUGAUGGAUAAUAUUUAUAAAAUUCCAAUCUGUGCUGUUGAAAAAAUAAUUUUAGAAAUUUGACAAGCAUUGUUGAAUUAGAGGUUCUUAGUUAUGUACAUGUAUCAUCUAUGUAUCACUGAGUUACCAUAUGUUUAUUUGAUGAGAGCGACAAAGUACGCGGUUGUGAAAAUGCAAAGGAUACUAAUUAAGCUAAUUAAAGCAGAUGUUACCAGGUUCAAAACGAUCCAUAUACAUGUACAAACUUUUGUUUUACAUUGAACCUCAUAAAAAUAUCUACACGAACAUAAAAUAAUGCAGCGGUGUCAAAAUAACUUCUACACAUACCCAUUUGAAAGUCUUAUGAAGUAUAUAUUCAUAAAUUCUUAAUGUUUAGGUAUUCUAAUGUCAAUAAAUGCUAUUUUUUAUUUUGUGCAUAAUUCUGAAACAGGACAAAACAUCAAAAUAAAAUCAAACACAUCAUUUUUCAGAAAUACAAAAAAUGACUGAAUCUAUACUUUAAUUUUUUUUAAAAGUCAGUAAGAAGUAUUUUAUAUUGUGCAAUGUAGCUUUUUAUUACGACCAUGAUCACACACCAUUUGGUGCGUUUUGUAAUCACCGUAAUAACCGAAAUUAGAAAUAAUUACUUUAUUAUAUAAUCUAGUGAUGGAGAAACUCAAGGGAGGUUAACCUUAAAGUCAUUACGUCUGCAGG